AUGCUGUCCUACAUCGAGGCCGUGACACCUAUCGCCGUUUCAUUUCCAUCAUUCCAGUUGCAAAUCCGCGGAGACCUUUUCCCCCCAGAACCCGGCUCCCCCAACCGCAAGGGUGCAGCCAUCGUGGUCAGUCAUCCCAUGACGGGGGUCAAGGAGCAGACGUCGACGACUUACGCCAAGAUGCUCUCCAACGCGGGAUUCUUCGCGCUUGUGUUUGACGCCGGCUACCAAGGCGAGAGCAGCGGCGAGCCCCGCGGCCUAGAAGAUCCUCACCAGCGCGUCGAGGACAUCAAGGCGGCCGUCAGCUACCUGACGGCGCUCAGCGGCCGGGUCGACCCCGACAGGAUCGGGCUGCUGGGCAUCUGCGCCUCUGGAGGGUACGCCUCGUACGCGACGCAGUCGGACAGCCGCAUCAAGUGCCUAGCCACGGUCAGCGCCGCCUGCGUCGGCCGCAUGACGCGCAGCGGCGGCGUCCACGAGGAGCAGGCCGCCAGGGAGAACCCGCAGGCCAUCGCCAUGGCCCUCGAGGCGGCCGCCCAGGCACGGAUCAUGGCGGCCAAAAACCCGACGGCCAAGCUCGAGGCCCCCGUCAUGUUUGAGACGGACCCGGCCAAGGCCGCUGACAACCCGGACUCCUUCUUCAGGGACGCGGCCGCUUACUACGGCUCCAGACGGGGGAAGCACGAGCGGAGCACGCAGAGGGUGCCGCCGCAGAGCUACGAUCUCAUGGUCAGCUAUGACUCGUUCAAUCUGCAGCAUCUCAUCGCCCCGCGGCCGUUGUUGAUGAUUGCGGGAUCGGAGGCACAGACGCUUCAUUACAGCAGGACGGCCAUUGCCAUUGCGAGGGGCCCCAAGGAGAUGUUUGUGGUGCCGGGAAGAAAUCACUUUGACCUAUACGACAACCUUCUCGAGACUGCACCUAAGCUGAUGGAUUUCUUUAUCAGCAGCUUGGAGUGA